AUGAAAGGGAAACAACAGGUAACAAAAGGUUCGGAGAGUACAUCUUUGGUAACGAAAGAAACAACAAAAGGAGAAGCAUUACCGCUUAUCCUACCAAUAUGGCAUUUUAUCACAGUAGAGCUCUUAAUCUACCUACUGUGCCAUUUGGCGUCUCUUGGAUUGAUUCUGUUCACCGCUGGAGACGUUCCAUUUGUGUCCCCACGUGGGGGACUACUUCAACAGCAUCGGAGGUUGAAACCACGACCGGGUGAAACGCGUGAGGCAUUUGAUGUAUUUCGAGGACUGGGACAGGCGGGAUCACCAGCAUCCCUUGCACAUCAGAUAAGUGCAGACCUUGUUCUCACAUUGGUACUUUGGUUUUCAGCUAAUGGGUUCUUUCUGGUGUUUAUUCGUCGAAUUGAUGGGGUUCUGGCGAAUGAAAAGAUGAGACAACAGACGUCCGGUAAUACUGAAACAAAAAUAAAAGAGAACGAUGAGAAAAGCGGAGAAAAUAAAAAGGGCACGGGAAGGGGUUUCCUGCAGGUGGAAUGCCAUACGUUUUUGAAGGAUACCAUUGUGGUUUUUUCAGUCAUUCUCAGUAUUGUCAUUCCUAUAUGUGUUAUCUCACAACCUUCUAAUGAAGUGCGUUCGGUUGGCCCUGUCGUGGUUAUGUUGACGGCUGCGGCGAACCUCUGCAUGAUUCAAGUGCAAGGUAAUUCACGCGGGGCGCAGACAUUUCUUAAUUUAUUUCAGGCACUAAUCCUCAUUGCACUUGUUGUUCUUGUUGCACAGGCAAAUGUAUUUGCUUAUGCAUGA